GGAGCUGCAGCUAGCAGUUAGCAGCUAACAGUAUAACAGCUAACACUGUAAACAUCAACCGUGACGUCUGUGAGGCGUUCCGUGACGUCACUGUGUGUAAUUUGUGACAUUGGAGUUGAACCUGUAGGACAGGAAACAGCUGUUAGCAGCUAGCUGUUAGCUGUUAGCAUUUAGCCUGUUAUUGUUUUUAUCCUGCAGGGAUUAACACCACCGAAGAAGAAGGAGCCUGAUCCCUAUUAACACCACCGAAGAAGUAUUAGGAGGACUUCCUGUCUGGAUAUGACAGGAAGUCCUAUCUGAGCAUCAGCUGAUCACCUGCACAGAGGUCAGAGGUCACAGACAGGUAAACUUCUCCCUGAUUGGACGAUGGGGAACAGCGCGCUGAAGUCUCACCUGGAGACGUCACAGAAGACGGGCGUGUUCCAGCUGACCGGGAAGGGCCUGCUGGAGAUCCCAGAGGAGUUGCUCCGCCUCUCGUCUCUUCGGACCGUCGAUCUCUCUGAGAAUAAGAUCGAAGUACUUCCUGUUUCCAUCAAGAACUUCCUGCUGCUCAAAACCCUGAUCCUGAACCAGAACCGGCUCAGUUCCAUCCCCCCAGAGAUUGGGUCCCUGAAGAAGCUGGAGACUCUGAGUCUGAACCAGAACCGGAUCCAGCAGCUACCCCCCUCCCUGAACCAGCUCCGGGCCCUGCGGACCCUGCGGCUCUCAGGGAACCGGAUCUCAGAGUUCCCGUCUGGACUCGGAGCCCUGAGACACCUGGACCUGCUGGACCUGUCCCGGAACCAGAUCCAGACUGUCCCCCCAGACGUGUCCGAGCUGCAGGCCAUCGAGAUCAACCUGAACCAGAACCAGAUCUCGGUCCUGGCGACGGAGGUCUCUCGUUGUCCCCGUCUGAAGGUUCUGCGUCUGGAGGAGAACUGCUUGGAGCUGUCAGCGGUUCCUGAGGCGGUUCUGCUGGACUCUCAGGUGUCCCUGUUCUCUGUGGAGGGAAACCUGUUCGAGGUGAAGAACCUCCGAGACCUGCAGGGCUACGAAAAGUACAUGGAGCGUUUCACGGCCACUAAGAAGAAGUUCACCUGAAGCUCAACGUCCAAUCGAAAGCUGCGAGCACCGCCUGAGGCUCCGCCCACUACAGCUGCUUCUUCUUCUGCUGCUAAAAAACCAGACUUCACAUGGCCAGGACAGUCGUCCAGCGGGGGGUCAGAGGUCACCUGACAUGCAGAGAGAAGAAGAAGAGACGCUCUGUAAAGGACGCUGUGACAUCAUCAUCACAAAGAGAAAUGUUCAAAAGUGGUUUAUUCAUCAUAACUGAAACAUUAACUUUCACUUUAAACAUGAAAAAUAUUUCAUAUAAAAUAAAACAGUGCUUCAGUUCUGUAGAAAGAUGAGUUUAAUUAAAGUGUUUAUUCAUCAU